GCUUCACGGCCGCAAUUGUUGAAAGUAAAAAGAUAAAAAGAAAACCCGACCAUCAAUCACAUGUCGUACGGUUUCAGAUCAGCAUUAUAUAUCUUCAAAAUCAGAAUCGGUUUAAUACACACAUAUCGCAUAGAGACACAAACAAAGUGAGUUCAAUCCCCAAAUUCUAGGGUUUGCAGAAAUGUCAGAAGAAUCAAUUGAGAUGUAUGAGGAAUUACCAGUAAUGGACAUACAUUGUUGCGAUGAUCUGAGCGAAUCAAGUCGAUCGUGUCUGUACAAGGCGUGCAAUGAAUGGGGGCAUUUCUACAUCAGAAACCAUGGCGUCUCGAAGGAGCUUUACCUGAAAUUGAGAGCCGUCACCGAUGAACUGUUGACGGAAGAGAGGAAAGAGGGGAAACUGAAAGAAGGAGUUUCUUGGUAUACUCCAAGAUUUAUAUUGUCGCCUUACAUUGAGAGCUUCAAGUUUUUGGGACCAAAUUUCUCUGCUUCUGCCUCCGAUUUAGGGUUUACGGAACAAGUCUUCGGUCAACGCGUCACUCAACUCAGCAAUCUACUUGAUGAAUAUGGGAGUAUAAUGAUAGAACUAUCGAGGAAAAUAAUGAAGCUAUUACUAAAGAUCAUGGGAGAUAAUUUGGAGAACAAAUUCUAUGAGUCUGAGUUCAGUAAGUGCAAUGGUUAUAUAAGGAUAAAUAGGUACGCUCCUCGAAACUCUAACGAAGAAAUCGAAGCAUUUGGAAAGCACACCGACAUCAGCUGUGUGACGAUUUUAUUCCAAGACGAAAUCGGGGGACUUCAAAUGAAAUCAAAACAAGGAGAUGAGUGGAUAGAUGUAAAACCUUUGGAGGAUGCUCUUUUGGUGAACAUUGGGGAUUUUAUGCAAGCUUGGAGUAAUGAGAGGUUGAGAUCAGCCGAACAUAGAGUUGUUUUGAAGCAAAAUGUGAAGAGAUUUUCUUUGGCUUUCUUUUUGAUAUUUGGGGAUGAUGAUAGGGAAAUAUAUGCCCCAAGUGAGGUUGUUGGAGAAGGAAAUACAAGGCUUUAUAAGCCAUUUUCAACUAAAGAAUAUAGGGCGUUUAGGGAAUAUAAUUAUGGGAAAGUUGUUGGAACCCCAUUGAGAGAAUUUGCUGGAUUUUAGAAUGAUAUCUUAUCUCUAGAAUCAUGAAGUAUUGAAUAAUCGAUAUUUGAAAUGGUAAUAGUGUUUCAUUCUUGUAUUAGUACUGAUUGGCUGAUAAUAGCCACUCUAUCUAAUAUCAUUAAAUAUCUAUUUUAGUCUUUGGACUUUU